UUUCAGCCACUGACCGGCGAAGGGCGAUUGAUAAAUCUAUCGAUCUUCGUAGCAGAUCGUUAUCCUCCUGUGUUAAUCAGGUUUUGGAGCUUAUAAAUUCUUGAGAAAGCUGAAGCUACUGGCCUACACCCCACAAAAAGAAAAAGGUCACUGAUCUCAGGUCCACCAGGGAGGUCUUAUAUGCAAAUCAUUGCUUGUGUCUGAAUAUUCGAGGGGAAAACCAAUUGGCCCUAAUGCAAGGGCAAAGAAGCACUGUUGAUAACUUCCCUGAAACUUUUGAGUUUGAUCAUGGAUCUAGUCCAAGUAAUCCUGGAGUAAAUCAGCAACUUUUUUGGAAUAAUAUGAUCAAUCCGGUAGAAAGCCGGUUGCCAGAGUAUAUAUUAUCACCUGGUGAAACAAGUAUUAUGUAUGGAAAUGCUGUUAAUCAGGAUGGACGUAGCUUGAGUGGCUGGAGUUUAGGUGAACCUAGUUCUCGUGGAAAUGCACGAAGCCAGGCACGUGAUGAAACAAAAACAGAACAUGGAUGGUCAUCUACCAUGAGUGCUCCUGCUGCAGUCGGUUCAAGGCUAGAAGAAAGGCGAUUUGAACCAACUAGUAUUCUUUCUCUGGAGAGUGUCAAUAUUAACCUCAAUAGCAAUCAAGCUGCAAAUGGGCCUUUGUUUUUGCAUAACUCCAGUUCAGAUGGUAUUGCUCAGAACAUAAACCUAAAUGAAGGUUAUGUAGAAAGCAGUAGCAAUGGUGAUCAGGCCAUGGAAGAUGAUGCUAGUCCUCAUACUUUUGAGUCUGGUGGAUCAGAUAUGGAGCAGAUUCCAUCAGGUAGUGGUUCUUCUGAUCCUCUUGUGACUGCUGCUGGUGCAAGUUCUGGGUAUAUUUUGGAAGAGAAUGAUGGCAGACCAGGUUGUUCAUUGGAUGGUCGACGUUUAUCCUGCAAAAGGAAGGCUCUUGAAGGAACUUCUGGACAGCCUUCCUUAGGUGGAGGUCCAAGCUGGUUCCAGCAAGCAGAAAGCAGUGCAUGGCAUGCUGUUCCUGCUCGCAAUAAUGGUGCUAGUAGCUCAAGUGUACCUACUCUGGAAAAUCCUCCAGUUAUUAAUCCUGUAGAGCAGCCGAUUCAAAGAUUUGGAGUUGGUAUGAGGGUGCCACCUGGAGGCCAUCCUGCUUCAAGUGUAGCUGUUAGUGGUGACAGCUCCCAAAGAAAUUUCCGUGUGAGAGUUAAUCAUGUCCAAUCUCAAGAUUCUGUAUCACCUAAUCCAUUGUUGACAGGGAGUGCCAUACGGAAUUCUCAUGUUUGGGCUUCCCAUCAGGCAUCUAGAAUGCUCCCAUUUAAUCAGUCCUCAGAGUCAAGGCUGUCAUCAUCACAGGCUAAUGUGAAUCCCCCACAGAGUCAGUCUCAUGUGAUGCACAUACCUGGUUUGGGACGGAAUGUGCACCCAUUUCCGUGGAAUGGAUCCUCCAAUUCCAGGGCUGGUAGUUUAUCAAGCUCUCCUGUCGUUGCUGGGGAGAGAAGUGCUGCAUUACGAGAAGAAGCUAACCCAAGAAGCAUGCCUAGGACCAUCGUAGAACAUCCUAUGUUCGUAUCAGCAACUGAGAUGAGAACUCUAGCCCAAGAUCCAACAAGUUGGAAUUUACCCAGUGGAAAUGUAAACAUUCUUGGAAAUGCUGCUUCCACAUCACGAAUUGGCUCCAGUUCAGGUGUCCAUCCAUCUGCCCCUACCUGGAUACCUCACCCCAACCCUCCAUCAUUACAUCAGCAGAGAUUAUCAGAGUUUGUUCGUCGUUCGUUAUUUACAUCUGAGUCGGGAGCCCAGGCUAGUACUUUCCCUGCACUCCGCUCAGGCCCUUCUGGUUCCUCCCAAGAAAUGGUGCUGCCUUCUGGAGCCAGUCACCAGGGGCAUCAUCGGCCACUUUCAAGGUCAGCAUUCUUGACAGAGAGACAAGGUGAUGGUGUUCUUGGAAUUCCCUUUUCAUUGCGGACUUUGGCUGCUGCUGGUGAAGGGAGAAACAGGCUGGUAUCUGAGAUUCGCAAUGUCUUGGACCUUAUGCGUAGGGGUGAGAGUUUGAGAUUCGAGGAUGUUCUGAUCCUUGACCAAUCAGUUUUUUAUGGGGUGGCAGACCUGCCUGACAGGCACAGAGAUAUGCGGCUUGAUGUUGAUAACAUGUCUUAUGAGGAACUAUUGGCACUGGAAGAGAGGAUUGGAAAUGUCAACACUGGUUUGAGUGAAGAAACAAUUUUCAAGUGUCUGAAGCAACGGAAAUUUUUGUCAAUCUCCUUAAGUGCUCCUACAGAGGUUGAACCAUGCUGUAUCUGUCAGGAAGAAUAUGUUGAUGGGGAAGAUAUAGGGACACUGGAUUGCGGGCACGAUUACCAUACCGGUUGCAUUAAACAAUGGCUAAUGCAGAAGAAUUUGUGCCCUAUUUGUAAAAUGGCGGCCUUGAUCACAUAAGAGAAGGAAGACC